GGUGGUUGGUCCCCAUUGGAAUCUAAUCCGCAACAAUGGCUUCAGAUUGAUCUGGGAGAUAGAGUUGAGAUUACAGCAGUCGCCACCCAAGGCAGGUACGGAAGCUCUGACUGGAUAACAAGCUACAUUCUAAUGUUCAGCGAUACAGGACGCAACUGGAAACAGUACAGACAAGAAGACAGCAUCUGGGUCUUCACAGGGAACACCAAUGCUGACAGUGUCGUACAUCACAAACUUCUGCACUCCGUGAAAACCCGCUUCCUGCGUUUUGUCCCUCUGAAAUGGAAUCCCAGUGGAAGAAUAGGCCUGAGAGUUGAGGUUUAUGGUUGCUCAUACAAAUCGGACAUAGCAGAUUUUGAUGGCAGAAGUUCCCUCCUGUACAGAUUCAAUCAGAAAAUGAUGAGCACCUUCAAAGACGUGGUUUCCCUGAAGUUCAAGAGCAUGCAGGGGGAUGGAGUCUUAUUCCACGGAGAGGGACAGCGCGGAGACUACAUCACACUGGAGCUGCAGAAAGGAAAGCUCUCCUUGCACAUUAACCUGGGAGAUUCCAAGCUGCGUUUCAGUACCAGCCACAUGUCAGUCACCCUGGGCAGCCUCCUGGAUGAUCAGCACUGGCACUCGGUUCUCAUUGAACGAUUCAACAAGCAAGUGAACUUCACGGUGGACAAGCACACUCAGCAUUUCCGAACCAAGGGGGAUUCAGACCACCUGGACAUCGAUUAUGAGCUCAGUUUCGGGGGGAUCCCAGUCCCAGGAAAGCCAGGAACCUUCCUGAAGAAAAAUUUCCUUGGAUGCAUUGAGAACCUAUAUUACAAUGGAGUCAAUAUAAUUGACCUGGCAAAAAGGCGUAAACCUCAGAUCUACACUGUGGGCAACGUGACCUUUUCCUGCUCAGAACCACCAAUUGUUCCCAUCACCUUUGUCAGCUCCAGCAGCAGCUAUUUGCUCUUACCUGGCACCCCCCAGAUUGAUGGGCUGUCAGUCAGCUUCCAGUUUCGAACGUGGAACAAAGAUGGGCUGCUUCUGUCCACGGAGCUGUCCGAAGAGUCCGGCGUUCUCCUGCUUUACCUUCACGCUGGCAGGUUGACACUUGUCAUACAGAAAGUGGCAGAAAACUCCAUGGAGAUCAGUGCAGGCAGCAAUCUCCAUGAUGGGCUCUGGCAUUCAGUUAACAUAAAUGCCAGAAGGCAUCGCAUCACCCUGACUCUGGAUAACGACGUCGCCGCAGCUGCUCACGCAACCACCCUCUCGCAGAUUUAUUCUGGGAAAAGCUACUAUUUUGGAGGAUGCCCUGACAAUUUCACCGAUUCCCAAUGUUUAAAUCGCAUUACUGCUUUUCAAGGCUGCAUGAGGCUCAUCUUUAUUGAUAACCAGCCCAAGGACCUCAUUUUAGUUCAGCAAGGUUCCCUGGGGAAUUUUAGUGAUUUACACAUUGAUCUGUGUGACAUCAAAGACAGAUGUUUGCCCAACUACUGUGAACAUGGAGGAAAAUGCUCCCAGUCCUGGACCACCUUUUACUGUGAUUGUAGCAAAAUGGGUUACAUGGGAGAAACCUGCCAUAACUCCAUCUACGAGCAAUCGUGUGAAGCCUAUCGUCACCAAGGGAAGACGUCUGGUUUCUUCCAUAUUGAUUCUGAUGGAAGUGGACCACUUGGACCAUUCCAGGUUUACUGCAAUAUCACGGAAGAUAAGAUCUGGACUGCGGUACAGCACAACAACACAGAGCUAACCAGAGUCCAAGGGGCUGAUCCUGAGAAACCAUAUGCCAUGUACUUUAACUACACCAGCAGCAUGGACCAGAUUGAGGCCAUGAUAAACAGUGCAGAGUACUGUGAACAGGAGGUGGCUUAUCACUGCAAAAAGUCGCGUCUGCUGAACACCCCGAAUGGAAUGCCAUAUGUUUGGUGGGUUGGCCGUGCCAAUGAAAAGCAUCCUUACUGGGGAGGAUCUCUUCCCGGAGUUCAGCAAUGUGCCUGUGGAUUGGAAGAAAGUUGUUUGGAUAUGAGAUUCUGCAACUGUGAUGCUGAUAAAGAAGAAUGGACAAAUGAUACUGGCCUUCUUUCCUUCAAAGACCAUUUGCCUUUAACUCAGCUCGUGAUCACUGACACAAACCGGUCAAAUUCAGAGGCUGCUUGGAGAAUCGGUCCCUUACGUUGCCAUGGAGACAGACAGUUCUGGAACGCAGCUUCCUUCAACACAGAGGCCUCCUAUCUUCACUUCCCCACCUUCCAUGCAGAGUUCAGCGCAGACAUUUCCUUUUUCUUCAAAACCACGGCUAUGACUGGGGUCUUCCUGGAAAACCUUGGGAUUAAGGACUUCAUCCGCAUUGAAAUAAGCUCCCCUAAGGAGAUCACCUUCUCCAUAGAUGUUGGAAAUGGGCCUAUGGAAACUACGGUGCAGUCUCCCACGCCUUUGAAUGACAACCAGUGGCACUACGUCCGAGCCGAGAGGAACCUCAAGCAAACAUCUCUUCAAGUGGAUAACCUUCCUAAAAAGAUUCUGGAGGCACCUGUGGAGGGGCAUUUUCGUUUGCAGCUUAACAGCCAAUUCUUUGUAGGGGGAACGGCUUCCAGACAGAAGGGUUUCCUAGGAUGCAUCCGCUCUUUACAUUUAAAUGGGCAGAAACUGGACUUGGAAGAGAGGGCUAAAAUGACCUCUGGAGUCAAGCCUGGCUGUCCGGGACACUGUAGCAGUUAUGGUAAUCUCUGUCACAAUGGCGGCAAAUGUGUGGAGAAGUACAACGGUUAUUUCUGUGACUGCACCAGCUCUCCCUAUGAAGGGCCCUUCUGCAAAGAAGAGGUUUCUGCAGUGUUUGAAGCUGGCACCUCAGUUACCUAUAUUUUCCAAGAGCCUUAUCCAGUGACAAAAAAUACAAGCACUUCAUCCUCUGGCAUUUAUGCAGACGCCAUUAUGUCCAAGGAAAACAUUGCAUUUAGCUUCCUGACAGCACAUGCUCCAAGCCUCCUGCUCUACAUCGACACCUACUUUCAUGAUUAUUUGGCUGUGAUUCUCUCCAAAAAUGGAAGCUUACAAGUCCGAUACAAGUUGAGUAAGGAUGGCUUCCUCAUUUUCACCAUUGACUCUGGAAACCUUGCCAACCGGGAAUUACACCAUGUGAAGAUCAACAGAGAAGGAAAAGAACUCAUCAUUCAGGUUGAUCAAGUUCUCAAACUCAAGCACAACCUCUCGGAGAUUGACUUCAAGGCCAUCAAAUCGCUCACCUUGGGCAAGAUCGCAGAUAGUCUGGGGCUAGAUUCUGAAGUCUUGAAGGCGAACGCACAUAGCUUUAUCGGAUGCCUCUCCUCUGUCCAGUACAAUCACAUAGCUCCACUGAAGGCCGCCUUACGACAUCCCAGCGUAGCCCCUGUGACUGUCACAGGCUCCUUGACUGAAUCGAGUUGUGAAUACAUAGCAGAGGCUGAUGUGAACACUGUCACCACAGUAUAUUCCUCAUCAGAUCCCUUUGGGAAGUCGGAUGAGCGAGAGCCCCUCACCAAUGCAAUCAGAAGCGAUUCAGCUGUCAUCGGAGGUGUAAUAGCAGUUGUAAUAUUCAUCAUCUUUUGCAUCGUGGCCAUCAUGAGCAGAUUCCUCUACCAGCACAAACAGACACAUCGAAGUAGCCAGGCGAAAGAGAGAGAAUACGCAGAAAACCUCGACAGUUCCUUUAAAACUGACAUUGACUUGCAGAACACAGUGAGUGAGUGCAAACGGGAAUAUUUCAUCUGAUGGACUGUGUGGUUCCUUCUUACUCUCCUCCCCACACCUAGCCUUUUUUUUCUUUUCUUUUCUUACCCUUUAAUUUAUUUGCCAGCUUUUAACCUUUUCGAAGGACACUGCCCUGCACAGGAGAGAUUGGCAGACACUUUAAUGCCUCAUUCCCUUCACAAAAACCUGCCACAAUUACAUCGGCAUCUCAAGAGACCUGUUAUUCUACUCUGGACAGAAUAAGUUCAUGCACUUGCAUCGUUGCCUAUUAAGUUUCUGGAUCUCUCAAGUCUUAUGUUGUUUUCUGGAACCAUUUAAUUCACCACUUUGUAUCUGAUCUGAGCUAUAUAAACUAGAGGUAAAGUACUGCAGCUAAAUAAGUAGCAUCACAGCUUUUGGGACAGGGUAGCAGGAAAGAAUGAGACCAAAAUGCUGAUUUAUUAUAAGAUGCAUUUACACUAAUCACCAGUCACAGCUAGAUCCUCAGUUGAUGUAAUUUGCCAUGAAACCGUUGAUUUCCAUGGAGUUACACCAGUUUUCACCAGCUGGGAAUCUGGCACAAAGUUACAGUUAUUAUUUUCUCUCUCUCCUUAAGCUCCUUCCCCCAUCCUGCUGUCCUUUUACUGUAACUUUUAGGCUUACAAAUGUUUUUAAAAAAUACAGGAAUACUGAUAACAGCACUGGACAACAUUCAUUCCAGUGCACCUUGUAUACCUCCGUCUUAUAAGUCUGACUAUUUAGAACCAACAUACUCUAGCAUAAUUCUAGCUGAAGCAUGGAAAAUAGUACCUUGAAACUUAAAGGGUUUUAGGAGGCUUCUAGGACUUAGGUGCUCUAUACAUUUCUAUGAUGACUUGUCUGAAACAUUAGAAGUGCAGCAUAUACACGCUAACAUCACGUAGAGAAUGAUCAUAUGCUGAGGUCAAACACUUAAGCGAUUAUGGCAAAUUAAAAAUAAACACAAGAAGAAGACAAACCCACCCCACCCAAAACAUGAGAUCUAAAUUCUGCUGAUUCAUAUAAACAAGCCAAAAUUGUUAUUAAAUUGCUUAAAAAAACUGCAUGAAUGAAGCGAUGGUGCUUCCUGUUUGUAGAAACCAGGAUGUUUCCUCUCAAAGAUAAGGAAAAGGUAGCUUUUAAAAAGUUUAGUGAGACAAAGUAGAUGAGGUUAAUAUCUUUAAGUGGACGAACUUCUGUUGGUGAAAGAGACAAGCUUUUGAUCUUACACAGAGCUCUUCUUCAGUCUAAGCUUGAAAGCUUGUCUCUCUCACCAACAGAAAUUGGUCCAAUAAAGAUAUUACCUCACCCACCUUGUCUCUCUAAUAUUCUGGGACUCUUAUGGCUACGAUACACUUACUCAAAUUAAUUCACAAGGAGAACAUUUUAAAGGAGCAUGUACAAAGUUCUGGAUUUUUAAUUUUCUUCUGUCCCUUUCUCCAAUGGUUUUCUGUUCUCUUCUGUUUGGGGAAGCGGCUAGCUGGCUAGCGGAAGUAAAAGGGACUCUAAUCUGCCCCCUCUAUUCUUUCUGACGGAUCACUGAACGUGGAUUCAAAUCUCUUUUUCACACAAAAAAUAUUGCAAAGGAAAAAAAUGCCAUAACCCACAAGGUGGGGAGGGUUGGGGUUUGAAUCCAGCGUUACCUUGCAUGACGGUCCCAUCCCAAAUGCUAGAUGAGCCCCGACAGGGUGUUUAAUGCCCAUUCUGGGAGCUUAACAGUCUAAGGAUCUGAUCCAAUGCCCAUGAGAAAAUGGGAGUCUUCCCAUUGAUUUCAGGGGGCUUUGAUUCAGGCACCGGGGAAUCCGCCGUACAUCAGGAUCCCUUGGCCCCUUUGGAGUCCCAAAGGCAUUUCCACAUGGUCACAAGGGUUUGCACUACCAAAUCUUGCUGCAGGAAAGGGAUAACAAUAACAAACAAUAGACAGCAGCUGCACAAAGCCCCAGGUGGCCAGGGCAUGGAUGACCAUAUGGCUGUAUAGCGGGAGAAGAGAAGGCUGGGGAGGGGUUUAAAUAAAUGUAGGGAGCUUGGAUUAAUGGUUACAGAUGAUGGCUGAUAAGCCUCAGGAAAGUAGAUUUUGAGAAGGAAUAUGAGACAGUCUUGGUUUGAUAUUCAGCACGCUCAUUAUGUUACACUACAAUCCUCUUUGGACUCUUGACAUCUUUGCGGGUGAGUGGGAUAAGUAAAAGCUAGGCCAAUACAGUGAUCAUCAGGCCAACUGACCUGCUUUACAAGGCAAACUUAAACUUAAAGGAAGGAUGGCGCUGCUUUUCCCAACUCCUGCCAGCCAGCAGCCACUGCGUCUUGUGCCGGCUGCUUGUAUGACAUUUGGUUAUGACUGCCUUUGCAUGCCAUGACUCAUAAUGAUGGACUCACUAGCAGGAAGAUGCAGAAAGGAAUGCACCUAAUGAGAUCCUCCACAAAGAGUUUCUUCCAUAUAUAAAGACAGGUUUCAGAGUAGCAGCCGUGUUAGUCUGUAUUCGCAAAAAGAAAAGGAGUACUUGUGGCACCUUAGAGACUAACAAAUUUAUUUGAGCAUAAGCUUUUGUGAGCACGAUGCAUCCGAUGAAGUGAGCUGUAGCUCAUGAAAGCUUAUGUCAAAUAAAUUUGUUAGUCUCUAAGGUGCCACAAGUACUCCUUUUCUUUUUCCAUAUAUAAAGCUGCUCUGCAUGUUACAGGGGGGACAAGCAUACAUAAGAACAAAUGUUCAUCUCCCUCUUUCUGUGGAUUCCAGGUUUUUCUUCAUUAUUAUCAGCAUGAUUUUGUCCAAGUUAUCUCAUUUUGAAUGUUCUCACUGAGAAGGAGCUAUUAAUUCCCCCAAACAGGUAUUGCCUUUAGGAAGAAGAGAUGGGGGAUCAAAAUCCACAUUUUAUUCAGAUCUCUCACCACCCAUUACUGUGCCAUGUAUUUUUCCCUCCUCAACAUGGCAGAUUAUAAAUCAUCCUUGGGCUUUGCUACAUAUUCUUCUUUUCUUGAUAUAAAAGUCACAGUAAGAUAUAGUGAGUCUAGCCCCAAGCAAAUACAGUAAUUAAUUGGAUAGAAAAGGGAAGGGUUGAGCAAUCAGUUAGAAUCCCCUCAUUAUUCAAGUCACUGAGAGGACAAGAUUGCUUCAUGCCGUCCUAGAGUCUGAGCUUGCAAGGUGCUAAGCAUCCUCAAGUAGGAGGAUAGCCCUAGUGAUGACUUGAGGAAUAAGCGGGUCAAAACAGACAUUCUCUCUCUCUCUCUCUCUCUCACACACACAGACACACACACACAGAGCCUCCACCCCUUGGUUCCUGCACAUGGGUACAAGUCUGGCCCUCCUCAAAGCAUGCAAUGUUGGCCAAAGAGGAGGUGCAAUUCAGAUGUCCAAGAGAUGCUGCGAUUCUGCCCUCUACACCCUCUACCACCUUAGGCCACAGAGCUACCAGUGGAUAGCAAAACUGCCCAGCAGAACAUAAGAACAGCCAUACGGGGUCAGACCAAAGGUUCAUCUAGCCCAGUAUCCUGUCUUUGGACAGUGGCCAAAGCCCGGUGCUCCAAAGGGAAUGAACAGAACAGGUAAUCAUCAAGUGAUCCAUCCCCUAUUGCCCAUUCCCAGCUUCUGACAAACAGACUAGGGAAAGCAGAGUAGCAGAGUAUCACCACUGCAGCAGCUAGUUAAUGUUAUUUGUAUCUGGAAGAGUGUUGGUGGCCCCAUAUAUAGCUCUGGGUGGGUAUAUGCAUGAGAGGUUUGGGUGUGAGCACACACACAAUCCCCAAUCCAGCAAACCACAUCAGCAUAUAUUGAAUUUAAAGCUUUUGAAUAGUGGCAUUAACUUCAAUGAGAUUACUCAAAUGCUUAAAGAAUCACAAUCAGUGUUGCAAAAUUGUAUUCACCCUGGGUAAUUCUUUUGAUGAGCAAAUUAAAGUUUUUUUUUUCAUCACCAUCAUUAACAUCACAGUACAGGGCAGGCAAAUAAGAUUAGUAAAGUUUCAGGAAAAUUUAGUUAGGCUUGUGUGUGUGUGUUGGGACGGGAUGUACACAUGAGGACAGAUACAUCUUUCUAUAUACAUACAGAUAUAUUGGACAUAAUCACACAGCUAUUCAAACCAAUAAAAACCUGCUCAGACAAGUUAACAAAUUGUGUAUGCACAUUACACUCAAAAUUAUAAACGAGGGUAUUAUAUUCUUGCAAUGAAAAAAAUAAUGGAAAGCAACAAAUUAGCAUCCUAGUAAAUGAGACCAUGCUGCAUUAACUGUAGGAAGCAAACAGUCUGACUAACUUUUCCUUAUUUUUAGUGGUUUGGAUCUGCUUUCUUUUAUGCAAUCAUCAUCUGUUUAUUAAUAUAUUAACUAGAACUGGUCAAAAAAAAUCAGGGAAUCAUUUUUUGCAAAAAGAAAACUUCAAAAUUUCAGUGUUGUUGCCAUUUUGUAGAAUUCUGAAUAGAUCCUUUUUCCAUUUAUCACAAUUUUUUUUUCUUUUUCUUUCCCAAAAUUGUUCUCUGUCGUUUCAUUUUAAUUUCUCUCUUACCGAAAACCCAGUUUUCAGUGGGAAAACAAAUUUCUCAGUAAAUGAAAUUUUUGGAAAAUUAUUUCCAUAACAAUAGCUCAGAAGUAUUUAUGGACAAUUCUGAUCCUGUGGAAAUGCUUCAAGGAAAGUUUCGUUUUUGAAAAAAGGCCAAAUUUCAACCAAGAAAACCAAGUUUAGAAAAUUUCAAACAGCUAUCAUGCCGGUCUUGCUUUUAUUGAAUCAGUGAUGAAAAUUUGCAUUUACUUCAUUAGGAAAGUAUUGGCGUACCGGAUCUGCCCUUCAGUGCAUCAACUUUAACAUACUUGCCAACUUUAUUCUCCAUCUGAAUUUCUUUACUGGAUCAUGAGAUGGUCAGUCUGGCUCAGCUGUUCUGCCACUACCUGUGCUAUUGAGGUUAUAUUGCUAUUUAUACUAAUUCUAGCCCAAUGAGCGCUAGCAGGAGCACUUGUUCGUGAGCAGGGGAACCACACCCCUUGCUUGUAGUGUAAUGUAGUCUAUGGUACUAAAUGAGCUCAACUCCCAUUUUGAAGUCUUUUGGUCAGGUCCUGAAAUCCUUACUUAGCAACCAGUUCCCAUCAAUUUCAAUGUCAGGUAUAUGCCACAGUGAUACAGUACUCAGUUAAAAAUUCUCAAAAGUGCCUAAGUCACUUGGCAAACUAAGUCCCAUUUUCAGAAGUGUUUUAGGACUUAGGGCCAAAUUUUUAAAGAUCUUCAGAUGCUUAAAGAUCCAAACAGGUACCUUGAGGGAUUUUCAAAAGUGCCUAGGCACCUAACUUCCAUUAAAAUCAACUGAAAUGUGGCUCUUUGAAAAUCAAUGGUAUGGUUUCUUCUUAGACAUUUAGGCACCUAAGAAGUACGUAUUAACCUAGUGGGAUUUUCAAAAGUGACUAAGCAGGUUUAGGUGCCUAACUCCCAUUUCAAAUGAAUGUGGGUUAGGUGCCUAACCUGCUUAGGUGCCAAAAAAAAAAAUUAGGCACCUAAAUACCUUUGAAAAUCUGGUCCUCACUCCCGUUUUAAAAUAGGACUAAAGGCUCCUAAGUCACACAGGCACUUUUGAAUUUUUUUCCUCUCAUCUUUAAAAGAACAAAUUAACAAACAAACAAAGCCUAAGCAAAUGGAAGGUACCCAGGACCCAUAGGAGAUGCAUAGUAAUUCAUCGUAUUGGACCCUGUGUGCUUAUUGAAACUGUCAGUCUUUACUGCUGAGGUUAUGCUAAUGCUAAGUGUACAAUGAAGGUGAUGUCUCCAGCAGUAAGGUUUUGACUAUUGCUUUCUAGUCAUUCUUAAUAGAAAAUGCAUCGACUUUGAGGUCAGAAGGGACCAUCGUAAUCAUCUGGUCUGACCUCCUGCAUAUUGCAGGAAACAGAACCUCACCCACCCACUCCUGUAAUAGACCCCGAACCUUCUUUACUGAUUUACCAUAGAGAAGAGGCUUUUUCCCCCAAAAGUUUAAACACUUAUUUUAAUUAGAUGUUUUUGUUAAUUAAUGUGUAGGCUAUUUCACACAAAUGCACCUAUAUUGGGCCAAUACAGCAUGUGAUGCAGUAUGAUUUGGCUAUCUAACAUGGGGCUUGAUCCUUUUCCUAUAGAAGUCAAUGGGAAUUUGGACAUUAAUUUCAUUGGGGGCUGGAUUGGACCCUGAGUUUAUGGGAGCACUUGAAAAACUGCCUUCAUUGUACACCUUUUCAGUUCUUUCUUCUUCCCUUUUGGCAUGAAAAGACCCAGCUUUGGCCCAAAGUCUGCUCUCCCACCAAAGUAAAUCUGCAGUAACUCCACUGAAGUCAACUGAGUUACUCUGGAUUUACACCAGUGUAACCAGGAGCAGAAUCUGACCCUCUUUUAAUGCAACCAUCUUAUUCCCUUUGCUGUCAAAAGGACAUCUGCCUUUACCUAGAAAAAAAAAUGUCUGCGGGAGACAGGAUUAAGCCUAUUGCAUCUGAGAGCUGUUAUGUAGUUCAAGGCAUUCAUGGGUACAAAGGAUUAUUCUUUUUGCAGAAAACAAAUGAUGCCCAAUAAAGCACCCACGUGAAAGCUGAUCCCUUGCUAGGCUCUAAAACACAAGUGCUAUUUCGAAGCUUUCAUGCAGUUUUUGCGAUGCCUUCCUAUCAAACAAGGCAAGCAAUGUAGCCUAAUUCCCUUCAAAUCUGAUCCAGCGUCCAUUGGAAUCAAUCAGGGGGACUUUGUAUUGACUUCACUGGGAGUUGCGUCAUGCCCUUUGUUCUUAUUCCCUUCUCUAAAGCCGGUUAUUUCACAGCUACAAGGCUUAAAACAAUUAUUUCUUUAUUUGAGUUCUGGGCUUUGGUGCAUUUUCUUUAGCCAAUGAUAAGUACUUGAUAUCUCAUGUAAAUCCACGAGGCCCUGCUGUGUAUGUUUCCUUCGUGAAAUUCAAAACAUAAUUUUCUUUUGGUGGUAAGGGAUGUUGGAUCUGAAAUAUAUUUUGUUUUCUUCUGUUGUUCCUUUUGAGCCAUGCCUCUAUGAUUUUGAACGAUUUCAAUGCAAUGUAUUGCUACUUAAUUUUGUGAUCUUUUGCACUCAGUUAUUCUGGGGGGGGGGGAAGCACACACGCUGGUGAACUAUUUGUAAGUUGUAAGCUAGUUGUUUGUCUUUUGUCAUGUUUUGAGUCGACAAAGGGGUCACAAGCAGAGCAAAGGAAGGAUUGAGGCAACUGUGUGCUUUGACGCUCCAGUCAGGGUACAUAUUGUUUUUAUUUGGCAUGUGGGGAAGAUGGGGCAAGGAGUAAAAAUUCGGCAGAGACCAUUAUUAUAACGCUGAUUGGCAAAGGGCCAGCCAUGGGCUCCUCCCUGCACAAGACGCAUCAAAAAAUGGGUCCUCGGCCUCAGGUACUGGCAAGCAGGGUCCCUCCACCAAUGUCAGUGGAGCUCCGCUGAUUACGCCAGGUGAGGAUCUGCUUCCAUGCCCCUCCCCCGCCAGCCAAAUGAGCUUGCAGUCUGAACAGACAUGGAAAUACAGUAGGAGAUGCAGGGAACAGUCUUUACGUACAGUCUGGCCUUUUUCUCCCUCCUCUUCCCCCACCGCUCCCAUUGGCGUGGUGUUGGCAUUUUGCCGUAUGACUGUAGCUGCGAACUUAUUAAUGACAGCUGUUUCCCACAAUGCUAGUCAUUACUAUCCUGGUUGUGUUUAAUCCCGAAGGCCAUUCCAUCUGAACGCUACAACUAACAUCACACUGCAUGGGAAAUUAUGUACUCACCUUUGCAUGCCAAUUCCAACCCCCUCCCCCCGUUUCCUCUUGAAUCAUUUAAACAAAAUAUUUUCUCACAUGCCUUGUCAUUGCUGCUAAUAUUGAUCCCACCUGUCAUGUACUGAAGUGGCCCUGUGUCUUUGGAGCUAAAAUUUAGAUGCAGCCAAUCCACAGCUCCUUGUAGAGCUUGAGACACAGCAAGUUAAUCAGAAAUCCAACAUCAUUCCAUGAACAUUUGGGGAGAAGAACAAGCAAGCUUGUUUAUUCAGGCACUCAACCACAAGCAAUUGCCUGUGAGAGUCUUGAAGUGAAAUAUUCAUGUAAUCUCUCCUGUCUAAAUAAUAAAGAGAGACCAUGCUUCAGACCCACUUCCUGUCUUGAAAGCUUUGGCGUGAAACACACUGGGACAGAUUCAGUCCGCUGAGGACAAUGGAGUUCCACCAGGGAUGAGUUUGGCCCAUAACUGAGAGCACCUCCGAUCACCCACAGCAAUAUGUACCUGAUGCCUGUAAAUUAAAUCUGGGACUUUCCGUUCCUCAAUCCCGAUAGUUGCAUUCAGUGCACACGUCUCCUUAGGGAAUGAUGGGUGAUAUUUACAAAACUCAAAUGCCCUUUAAGCCCUUAAUGUGAGUUGAAGUCACCUUUAAGACCUUGGGGAGGCUCAUGGCCUGAUCCAAACCCCCUUGAUAAUGACAGGAGUCUUUCUGUUGACGUAAUGGGUUUUAGAUCUGGCCCUCACUGCAUUGAGAUGAAUUGCACCCUACAUGAAAAACAAAGCCACAUGAUCAGCAAAACUCCUUCCUCAGGCAAGACAAGCAGCAGUCACCCAAGUUACAAUCUGUUCUAUAUAC